CAACUCCUCAAACAGGCGUGUGACGUCACGAUGCUGCGAAUAUACUUCACGACUGCGAAUAGGAUGUCUGGCCGUGUUGUUUCUCUUCUCGUUUUGGCGAGUUCGAAGGACCGUUGGACGGUUUCACUUGUUUGACAAAGGAGUUGGGCCGUUAUGCCGUCGAACAGUCCUUCGAAAUGGCCAAAACGAGAAGAGACACAACACGGACGGAUCUCCUAUUCGCAGUCGUGACGGAUAUUCGCAGCACGGUGUCGUCACACGCCUGUUUGGGGAGUGUGGGGUGGGUUGGUGUGUGGAGCGAGUCUCUUAAAAAGAUAGGCCUCAUGCCCCCCGCCUCCUUAACUGUGAUAUAUCAAAGAUGGUGGAAGCAAGAGAAUCCAGUCUUUCAAGUUCUCGGCUUCCUCCUACUGGGGAAGUGGCCAUCAUACAUGAAGUAUAUGAUAGUGAGAAUGCCCAGUGGAAGUUUGAAAAUGAGUUGGAGCUUGCUCUGGACCGAGGAUACAAAAUCAUUGUUAUCGAGCCCUCCAGACUAGGAGAUGAAACAGCCCGAUGGAUUGCUUUUGGAAACUGCCUGCAUAAAACUGCCAUCAUUUCUGGCUUAAGUGCUGUUUGUACUGGUCUCAUUUGGGAGCGGCCUUUAGUCUGCACACCUUUAGGCGUCGUGUCCCUUUUGUGUUCUGGCUUAUACACAGUAUCAUGGCAAUUCGAUCCUUGCUGCAAGUAUCAAGUAGAACGAAACCAUCAGAACUUGCCAAAAAUGCCUAUCCUGCAAUCUGUGUCUUCUACUUCACCUGUUGUACUUGUGCGCCGAGAUGACAGCAGGCGCAAAAUUCUGCACUCUAGUGUUUCUGUUGUGGCUGCUUUGUUUUGCAUCUGGCGAAUUUAUUCUUCAUAUAAGUAAUACACCCUAUGUGUCCACCAGAGUAGUAUUGUGCGAUAAUCUUAGGGAAACAAAUGGAAGGAAUUUUGUCCAAAACAUAUCAAGCAUGGCUCUGUACCAACUCAAUGUUUUGGAUUUUAAAAGCAUCCUUAGAAAAGUGAAAGAAUAGAGUGCUACAUUUAGUAUACUAUAGAUAUGUUUUACAUCAGUAAUGCCAUUAUAUGGUCCCCAAAUGCUUCAUGGCAUGGCCAAACAAAGGAUUUGGAAGGGGGUAGUAAUCGAGAAAAUAGUGGAUUGAAAUUUAAUGGAAAUCCCAUUUAGUUUUACCCCUGUGUACGUAAAUUAUUUCAACUGUCAUGCUUCUGUUAACUGAUGGAACUUGAAAUUUAAAGACACCUCAGCAUUGAUUAGAGAAGAUCAGUCUGGCACCAUAACAGACAGAGAGAAAUUCAAUGUAAAACAAAGGAAGUUGAAGUUAGAACAUCACAUGUCUCCAAACAAUAGAAAAAAAAUAAUUGUAAACCGAGCGCAUGAGAAAAUCUCAGGUCGUUGUAGUGUACUUCUAUUUUAUUUUUGAAAAGAGGAAAAAGGAAAAGGGGAAGCUGUGAUGUAAUGUAGUGGCAUUUAGAUUAUUUUUGUGUUGUGAGCAUUUAUUGUAGGCUCCAGUCUCCUGUAUGCCUAGUUUUCACCUUCCAUUUGUUUUAUUUCUUUCUCUCUUGCAUUUUGGUGAAAAUUGUUCCACAAAAAGUGCCUUUCUUUACCAUAGUAUUUUUGAAGGCAAUUGUCAGAUUUUUUUAAAUUUAUUGCUGUGUUACCAAAUAGAAACUUCUAAUUUUGUUAAUGAAUUCAUGUUAGUAGACCUUGAUUUUCACAUCAUUGGAGCCAGAAAAAAUGUUGCUCUUUAAGCAUUGGUCAUAGCCAUCCGUCGUAGGUAGCUGUUGCCCUAAAGGCGUUCUCUUAGCUAAGUUCGAAUUAUAGUUUGUGAUCAGAGUGUUUUUCGCUGACACUCCCUCUUUUAGUAGUGUUUUGCACAAUACUGGUUAUUGCGCAAAGAAAGCAUUGAAGCUCAAGCGUAGUUAAAUUGUAUUUUUUCCCCUACUUGUUUUGUCAUGUUCAUGUUGUUUGGCCACCACAUUUGUUUAUGGGUGGACUGAUUGCAUUCAGUUGGUGUAAUUAUAAGGGUAAUGGCAACACAGUUGUGAUUUAGGAAGCAAAUGUGACAACUUAUUUUCUUCAUGACAAGACUGAUCACAGUACCUUAGAUACAAAUUUGUAAAUUGUGGCACAAUGUUUGAAUGUUGUUGUUGGUAUGUUCUGAAAGUAGGCGUUAAAAUAAUUAUUUUAAAGGUAUUCAAAUACAUGUACAUAAAAGCAGGAAUAAACAUAGGUAGCUACAAUGUGU